AUGCCUGAAAAUCAGAUUGCAUCAGCGGCCAAGAUGCCUCUCGGACAUGUAAAUGUGAUACCUGCACCGAGCAAUCCUGAUCGAAAGGAGAAGAGAGAGAAUAGUUCUUCUUCCAGAUAUCAGAUAAAAGGCCAGUGGAUAGGCAAAGAAGACAGGAGACUGAUUAUCUUAGUACAUCAAUUUGGAUUGAGGAAAUGGGUUGUAAUAGCUGAAGAAAUGGUUGGUAGAGUGGGAAAACAAUGUUGCGAGCGAUGGAAUAAUCAUCUGUGUUCUCAUAUCAAGAAGGACAUUUUGACUGACGAUGAAGAGAGACGGUUAAUUCAAGCACAUGAAAGACUUGGAAAUUGA